GGCCCAACAGCGGGUGCUGCCCUUUCUUCUCAUAUGGACGUUGACAAGAUUAGUUUUACUGGAUCGACAGACGUAGGACGCCUGGUGAUGGAGGCAGCAGCUAAGAGCAAUCUGAAGCAUGUAUCACUUGAACUCGGAGGUAAGUCCCCUGUCAUCGUCUUUGAUGAUGCUGAUUUGGACAUGGUUCUAGAUCUUGUGAGGAUGGCAACAUUCUAUAACAAGGGAGAAGUUUGCGUGUCGGGUAGUAGGAUUUAUGUUCAAGAAGGAAUUUAUGAUGAGUUUGUGAAGAAAAUAGCAGAGAAAGCCAAGAGCUGGGUAGUUGGAGACCCUUUCAAUCCUACUGUUCACCAAGGUCCUCAGAUUGACAAAGUACAAUUCGAGAGAGUACUAAACUACAUAGAUCUUGGAAAGAGAGAAGGGGCUACAUUGCUGACAGGAGGAAAGCCUUGUGGAGAAAAAGGGUACUAUAUCGAGCCCACGAUCUUUACUGAUGUCAAGGAGGACAUGAAGAUAGCUCAGGAUGAAAUAUUUGGGCCUGUUAUGUCUCUCAUGAAGUUCGAGACAAUUGAGGAGGCAAUUGAGAAAGCCAACAGCACAAGGUACGGAUUAGCUGCAGGCGUACUGACCAAAGACAUAAACAUAGCCAACAGAGUAUCAAGAUCAGUUCGAGCAGGAUCGAUAUGGAUCAACUGUUAUUUUGCUAUUGACAAGGAUGUUCCUUUCGGCGGCUAUAAGAUGAGUGGCUUCGGAAAAGAGUUGGGAAUGCAUGGUAUUGAGAAGUAUAUGCAAGUGAAGUCUGUUGUCACUGUUGGAAACAUGACAUACAACGCAGCGGAAAAAGCAUAUCAUGAAUAUUAA